AUGUCAGUGAUUAUUCCGAGGAAUAAAGUCAUCGCAGUUAAAGAAACCAGCACUUAUGAGACUGUAAUUGAUCAUCAGACCAAUGCAGAUUUCUGUGUAUAUGAAGGGGACAUGCGUCGCAAUCAGGGGAACCACUUUUUAGGGAAAUUUCAGCUUACGAGCUUACCUCCUAAGCUCAAAGAGCUCAAUGUAGUUCAUGUUAUCAAUGAGCCAACAGCUGCUGCUAUGGCUUAUGGAAUUAACCUUGAACCAAAGAGUAAAAGCAAAAUUGAAACAACGAAGAAUGUCUUAAUCUUUGACUUGGGGGGUGGGACAUUUGAUGUUUCCUUGGUUUCCAUUGAAGGGGGCGAAUUCAGGGUGAAAGCAGUAAGUGGGGACACCCACCUUGGUGGAGGGGACUUCGAUAACAGAUUGGUUGGCCAUUUUGUCGACGGGGUUAAGAGGAAGCAUAAGAAAGAUAUCAGUAAUGAUCAAAGAGCUCUUGCAAAAUUAAAGGUUGCUUCGGAAAGAGCUAAAAGGGUCCUGUCAAUGAACUUCCAAAUUAUCUUGUUGGGAAUUAAAAUUCUACUGAAAUUUAAUUUUGAUGAUAUUGGAAAAAACAAUUGCUUACCAUUUGAAAUUUUUAGGAAUUGUUCCAAGUUGUUUGGGUAA